AUGAAUAUUUGCUUUUUUCUUCUUCGCGCGACCAGCACUUGCGACUUGGCGCAUUCACGACCACCUUAUGCUGAUGCUGCCCUCGAGAAAAUCUGUGCCAACGACCACUCGCAUCUCGGCGAAUCGCCCUCGUGCCUCUCUCAGCCCUCCAUUGCCAACGCAUUCCACUUCUUGGAGCACAACCUGUCCUCCACGCACGCACGGCAUCAUAGGCACUUGGGGCCGGCGACGGGCCCGGAAGGCAUUCCCCGUCCUUACGCCGUGACAGACCCCCCGCAUCAUACACCGGACAUCCCUGAGGACUGGCACGUCGCCCACGUGCAUGAUGGCCCCCUCAAGUGGACUCGCCUCCAUCCUAACGGACGUAUCUCGUUCAAGAGGCAGAAGGCAUGGAUCUCCCAUGCUACCGGCCGAACAUCCAACUAUUUCCUAACCCACCCUGAAGAUCAAAACCGUUUUCUUAUCGCUUAG